UUUUGUUAGCGUUAAAGAUGUCACUACUUUCUCUAUUCUUUCUUGUGUUUUGUACUAACAGUAAUACGUAUUGAUUGUUAAUUCUGAUAUAAAAAAAAUAUUAAAUAAGUAUAUAAGAUUUUCUACUUUGCUUGUAUAAUAUAUAUAAAUAUUUUUUUAAUUAAUAAUAAAAUAUGGCAGAUGAUGAUUUUGAUGGAGAUGAGGUAGCAGAUGAUUUUGAUGAUGUGGAUGAUGACGAUAACAUUGAAUUAGAACCACAAGAAGAAGAUGGAGAAAAUAUAGAAUUAUUAGCAGCUGGAGAAGCUACUGGAGGAGUACAAAGAUCUAAAAGAAUUACAACAAGAUAUAUGACAAAAUAUGAAAGAGCAAGAGUAUUAGGGACUAGAGCAUUACAAAUAGCUAUGUGUGCUCCUGUGAUGGUGGAAUUAGAAGGAGAAACUGAUCCAUUACAAAUUGCAAUGAAAGAAUUGAAACAAAGAAAAAUUCCAAUUAUAAUUAGACGUUAUUUACCUGAUAAUAGUUAUGAAGAUUGGGGUAUAGAUGAAUUAAUUAUAAUAGAUCAUUAAGUUUUGUUUUAAUUCAUACAUUUAAAAUUGUAAAUUUAAGGUUAUUUUUAAUAAAAUUUCAAAACUUA